GACCAACAAAAAAGAAAAGCAAACGAAAACAAAGCGACAAAAAUAUUUUCUGUUUUUUCAUCAAAUUUUGUUAUGAAUGCCAUCCUGCCGCCAGUGUUACGAUCGCCUAGUCACAGCCACCCCCACCACCUUCACCCGUCCAGCACAACAAAAGCACUUUAAAAUACUGAUCCAAGAAGUAAAACUAAUGACGACGACGAACAUUAUUUUUGAGAUGACGAACACAAACAACAACAACAGCAACACCAUCAAUAAGAAAAUAUGAAAUGAAAUUGGAAAAUUGUCUUAAUGGACGUGGAAAAAAAAACACCAGCGAAGGAAAAUAUGCGGAAAAUUCUUCAACACACAAAUCAGUUGAUACGUUAAAGGCGACAAGUUUAGACGGAUUUUUGGUGGUCGGUGGAAGAAAAAAAAAAAAGAAAAGCAAAAGAAAAAAAUCCAAAUAAAAAACGCAUAUUUCGAAAGAACAAACGUCGCCACGGUGAAUUUGUAUUAAGAUUUUCUUCUUCUCCAUUAUUUCCAAGAGCAAUGGAGAACAAAUUGUGACAAAUUUUCAAUAUUUUACGUAAUAAAAUAACUCGUGAGACAAAGUUUCGUAGUUAAAAAAUGUAGAAAAAUCCCACUUCUUCAAAAAAAAGUGUUCUAAAAUGUAUCGAUAUUGGUGCCUUCUCUUAAUCGUUUUCAAUACUCUGCACAUUUCCUGCGAAUUGGUGGUGGUGGAGACCAGAACAACUGUAAAAGUGGGUGCCCUAUUUUUCAGCGGCGAGGAUGAAACCGAAUUAGCCUUCGAUGAAGCAAUACGUCAGAUAAAUAAUCAAAAACUAUUCGAGCUACAAUUUGAAACAAUAAAACGCUAUGUACCAAAUGAGGAUGACAGCUUGGUGCUACAACAGCUAACAUGUGAGUUACUUGCCCAAGAUGUGGCGGCCAUAUUUGGGCCCAGUUCCCGAGCCACAACAGAUAUUGUUGCUCUGAUAGCCAAUAAUGCAGGUAUACCCCACUUGCAGUACGACUGGGAUAUUGACAUUGAUUUGGAACAGCGACGCCUGAACCACCAAAUGUCGGUUAGUGUGGCGCCCGCCUUACAAACUGUGGCCCGAGCCUAUUUGGAUAUUAUACGCAAGGAUUAUAAAUGGAGGAAAUUUACGCUGAUUUAUGAAACAGAACAGGGUCUAGCCCGCAUCCAAGAUCUCAUGAAUGUUGCCGAAGUAAAGAGGGAAAAUAUCAAAAUCAGAAACCUAGCCGAAUAUGAGGAUGAUAUGAGGGUAUUGUGGAAGGAAAUCGAAGAGGAUUUCCAUGAGCAGCGCCUGAUCAUGGAUUGCAAACCCGAGUCGCUGGUGCCGCUAUUGAAUCAGGCCAAGGAAUUUAAGCUAUUGGGACCGUUUAGGAACUGGUUCCUAACCCAUUUGGAUACCCACAGCUCUGGCCUUUUCCAGGCCAAUAAUGCUGACUUCCAAUCGAAUAUUACCUCGGUACGGGUAAAAGGUGUCGAUGCAAAUCCUUUUGAGCGGAAAAAGACAAGGAUCACCGAAGUUGAUCAACUUUUGGGCAAUCAAACCAUGCUACCCACUCUAAUGUACGAUGCUGUUGUCCUGUUUGCCAAUGCCGCUCGAAAUGUUAUAACCGGUGGCAGGGAAUUUGUGGAGCCUGCUGGGAGAUGUGAUGCCGAGGGGUCAUAUGCAUGGGUGUUGGGGAAAUAUAUUGUGGGCGAGAUGAAGAGGAUCUCCGAAGACGAUGUGGAGCCUCCCUUCAAAACCGAGAACAUGAAAAUCGAUGAAUAUGGCCUGCGCAGCGAAUUUAAUUUGGAAAUCUACAAGCCAACCAUUAAUGAGCCCCUGGCAACCUGGAGCCCUGACGGCAGCAUACAGUCCGUACGCCGAGAUUUCCAAAUAUCCUCCUCAUCCUCGGCUGCGGUACAAGAUUUCGCCCAGAGUCGUCGGGUGUAUCGGGUGGUGACCCACAUUGAAGAACCGUAUUUCAUGAUGAAGGAAGAUGCCGAAAAUUUCCGUGGUGAUGAAAAAUAUGAAGGCUAUGCCGUCGAUUUGAUCCAGAAACUUUCCGAAAUGAUGGAAUUUGAGUAUGAAUUUGUUUUGGUCAAUGGCAAUGGGAAGUUUAAUCCGGUGACCAAGGAGUGGGAUGGCAUUAUGAGGUCCUUGAUCGAUCAUCGUGCCCAAAUCGGUGUCUGUGAUCUGACCAUAACCCAGCUGCGUCGAAAAUAUGUGGACUUUACGGUGCCGUUUAUGCAACUGGGUAUAAGUAUCCUGUUUUAUAAACCCGAUCCGGAAGUAAAGGAUAUUUUUGCUUUCUUACAACCCUUUGCGAAGGAGGUGUGGAUGUAUGUCAUAUUGACACAAUUGGUUAUGACGUUGGCUUUUGUUUUUAUGGCCAGAAUUUCCCAUCACGAAUGGGAGAAUCCCAAUCCCCUCGUUGAGGACCCCGAAGAAUUGGAAAACAAGUGGAGGACCCGUAACACAGCAUGGCUUAUGAUUGGUUCAAUUAUGCAACAGGGCUGUGAUUUACUGCCAAGAGGCGCUCCCAUGCGCAUGCUCACCGCCAUGUGGUGGUUCUUUGCCCUGAUGAUGUUGAGUACCUACACCGCCAACUUGGCGGCCGUCUUGACAAGCAAUAAAAUCAAACCCUCCAUUGAGAGCCUAGAAGAUUUGAUUGAUCAACAUGAGAUAAAAUUUGGAACCUUAGAGGGUGGCAGUACCUCUCUCUUUUUUUCCGAAUCGAAUGAAACGAAUUAUCAAAAAGCCUGGAAUCAAAUGAAAUCCUUUGAACCAUCGGCCUUUACCAAGUCGAAUAAAGAGGGUGUGGAACGGGUGCGCAAGGGUGAGGGGAAAUAUGCCUUCCUUAUGGAGACGACAAGUUUGUCGUAUAACACGGAACGGGAUUGUCAUUUGCAACAGAUUGGCGAUCAAAUUGGUGAGAAACAUUAUGGCUUGGCUGUGCCGCUGGGGGCGGAUUAUCGUACCAAUCUGAGUGUGUCCAUCCUGAAGUUGAGUGAAACCAACGAACUUUACAAGCUGAAGAAAAAAUGGUGGAAAAAUCACAAUGUCACCUGUGAGGAUGAUGAAACGGAUCCACAGGCCGUGGAUGGUGAUGAAUUGUCGCUGAUCGAAUUGGGUGGUGUUUUCCUGGUGCUGGUGGGUGGCAUUGUGGUGGCCAUUAUUAUUGGAAUUCUGGAGUUUUUGUGGAAUGUGCAAAAGGUGGCGGUGCGGGAGAAGGUCACCCCAGGCGAGGCCUUCAAGGCAGAGCUAAUAUUUGCUUUGAAAUUUUGGAUCACCAAAAAACCGAAUCGCAUUUCUUCGAUACGCACGAACAGUGAUGACACUACCUCGCGUGCCUCUCGCUCCACCUCACGUCGUUCAUCGUCCCAGUCGAAACAGUCCAAACAAUCGAAACAUUCGAAACAUUCAAAAGUCUCCAAACGUUCGAAACGCUCCAAACGUUCAAGAUCCCGUUCACGUUCGCACAGUAAAAGUCGUUCGAAGAAAUAUUCCACCUCGGGAUGAAAAUUUUGAAAUUUUAUAUUUCAAUAAA